CACAGUCUUGCAGCAAGAGUGGAAGUUGAACCUGGACCAAAUUACGGAAAAACUACCCGCUGAAAACUCUCUGCUCUGUGCGAAAACAGACAAUAUUCAUUACUUUUGCUGGCGGCAUUGUUUCGAAUGAUCACUUUAGGGAUUCGUUUAGAGUAAUGACAAUGUUGGGUAUGUAUGUGCCAGAUAGAUUUUCUUUGAAAUCAUCUAAGGUCCAGGAUGGAAUCGGGCUUUACACGGCGAGACGAGUGAAAAAGGGGGAAAAGUUUGGCCCUUUCGCUGGAGAAAAGAAACUGCAGAGUGAGCUGGAUGAGAGCACGGACACCAGACUGAUGUGGGAGGUCCGAGGUAGUAAAGGCGAUGUGCUCUAUGUUUUGGAUGCCAGUAACCCUCGCCAUGCCAACUGGCUGCGUUUUGUCCACCAGGCGCCAUCGCAAGAAGAGAAGAACCUGGCAGCCAUCCAGGACGGAGAGAAUAUCUUCUACCUGGCAGUGGACGACAUUGAGACAGACACAGAAAUGCUGAUAGGCUACCUGGACAGUGAUAUGGAGGAAGAGGAAGAGGAUGAGGAAGAGGAAAUCAUCAAAGAGGAAGAUGAAGACAGCAAAGAGGCCAAACAUCUUAUUGAAAUGGAACUGGUGAUCAAGAAGGAGGACCACCCGUGCCUGCUGUGUGAGAGCAGCUUCCCUAGCGAGGAGAUCCUAGCAGCCCACCUCCAGAGCCUGCACCAGAGACCAAUCACCGAGGAGAAAGAGUACAAGUGCAGGAACUGUGGCAAGAAGUUCCCCAUCAAACAAGCCUUGCAGCGCCAUGUUCUGCACUGUGCUGAGACCCUGGGUCAUUCAGGAGACUCCUCCAGAGGCCACCACCAGUGUUCCCUCUGCCACAUCACCUUCAGCUCAGAGUCCAGUUAUGACCAGCACAAGGAGGCGUGUAGAGGAGACGCCAGGUUCAUCUGUAAGGCUGAGAGCUGUGGGAAGAGGUUCAAGAGCAAAGACGCUCUGAAGAAACACAAAGGGAACGUCCACACAGGAAGUUCCAGGCGGAAGCUUAUGUGCACCAUCUGCAACAGGAAAUGCUCCUCCUUACUGAAUCUCCAGGAACAUCGUAAGGUACACGAGAUAUUUGACUGUACUGCCUGCGAUAAGAAAUUCAUCUCUACCAAUCAGCUCAAGCGCCACAUGAUCACUCACUCAGAGAAACGUCCGUACACCUGUGAGAUCUGCAGUCGUUCGUUUAAGCGUCUGGACCAGGUGACGGCCCAUAAGAUCAUCCACAGCGAAGACAAGCCCUACAAGUGUAAGCUGUGUGGGAAGGAGUUUGCCCACCGGAAUGUCUACAAGAAUCACAAGAAGACUCACUCAGAGGAAAGACCCUUCCAGUGUGAGGAGUGCAAAGCCCUGUUCCGCACCCCCUUCUCUUUACAGCGCCACCUACUCAUCCACAACAGUGAGAGGACAUUCAAGUGUGACCAGUGUGACGCCACGUUCAAGAGAAAAGACACGCUCAACGUGCACAUCCAGGUGGUGCACGACGGACACAAGAAGUACAAAUGUGACCUGUGUGAGAAGGCCUUCGUCACCCCCUCUGUUCUCAAGAGCCACAAGAAGACGCACACAGGGGAAAAGGAGAAGAUCUGCCCAUACUGCGGACAGAAGUUUGCCAGCAACGGCACUUUGAGGGUCCACAUCCGCAGCCAUACAGGUGAGCGGCCAUACCAGUGUCCUUACUGUGACAAAGCAUUCAGCAAGAAUGAUGGACUGAAGAUGCACAUUCGCACACACACUCGGGAGAAGCCAUARAAAUGCAGUGAAUGUAACAAGGCCUUCAGUCAGAAGAGAGGUCUGGACGAACACAUGAGGACCCACACCGGAGAGAAACCCUUCCAGUGUGAUGUGUGUGAUCUGUCGUUCAGUCUGAAGAAGAUGCUGAGCAGGCACAAGCUGACCCACAACCCCAACAGGCCCAUGGCAGAAUGCUCGCUGUGCCAUAAGAAGUUCACCAGGAACGACUACCUCAAAGUGCACAUGGAGAAUGUUCACGGGGAGACAGAGGGCUAGAACCCAUCUACUGUAUAUGAUACUACUGAAGAUAAACUACAGUGAGCUCCAAAAGUAUUGGCACAUUGACACAUUUGUGGUUCUUUUGGUUCUGUACUCCAGCUCUUUGGAUUUGAAAUGAUACAAUGACUAUGAGGUUAAAGUGCAGACUGUCAGCUUUAUUUUGAAGGUAUU